GAUGGCGGAUUGUUAACCUCGAUGAUUUGCAGAAAGGCUCUUGUUCAUGUUAAAUGUGCAAAGGAAUUUUCGAAUUUAACUCAUUUUCGUAGUUUAUUUUCAAACAGUUUCUAUUUUAUGGCUCAUGGAAGGAAACAUAAACAUCUUUGAGGUACCUCGUCUGAACAUACAGUGGGAUUGGAAGGAAGCCCUCAGAAACCCUGGUGGAAAGGCUUGGAUUUCUUGCUCUCGAAUCAACCAGCCCACAAUUUAUGGAGAACUUGUCAGAGCAAAAAGCAUUGAAGAAGAUGUAGAUAAUAACACCAUAUCUGUUGAGGCCUCAGAAGGAUUUUCAGUACAAAAUGUCAGCAAGACUAGCCUUACUCUGUCAUUUCCAGAAGCAAAUUGUUCUUCAAAAUUUAUUUCCCCAAGUGGAUCUUUCCAAAAUCUUCACAGCAAAAGUGUUCGAUGUAUAGAUAUAUCCCCUGGAGGGGGAAUAGGUGUGUCCAGUGGAGAUGACAGCACUCUUCUUGUCUGGGAAACUUCCACUGGUGUUGUUAGGCAUGAUCUUCAAGGUCACAUUUCAGACGUAAAUACUUGUAAAUUCUUUCCAUCUGGAAAAGUUGUUCUCAGUGGUGGUGCUGAUUUGCGGCUAAAAAUCUGGUCAGCAGAAGAUGGAAGUUGUCCUGUGACAUUGAAGGGCCAUACAGGAGGAGUUGUUGACACAGCUAUUGUUGACAGAGGAAGAAAUGUUUUAUCAUGUUCUAGGGAUGGAACUGUACGGCUGUGGGAUUGUGGAGAAGCCAAGUGUCUGGCAGUUGUGUCAAGUGGUGACUGUCCUGUGAAUUCAUGCGCAUUGACACAGCUCCAAGGGAUGGAAAGUACUCCUGAGUCAGACAACCAAUCUAGUGAGCGAGAGGUUGGGACUGUUGGGAAAUUACUUUUACUCGCCCAAGAAGACGGAUUUCUUGAGGGUGUGGACGUACGUAACAAGGAAAAGGUUUUUCAGGUAAAAUGUUCGUCAGCUGUGAACUGUUGUGCAUUUUUGUCGGAACACGAAGCUGUCGGUGGAACAGAGGAUGGUUCCUUGUGGUGUGUAGACGUUAGAUCUCCAAGUUCACCAGUUGGCGUGUUUCGCCGUUCAUCCUCGCCUAUACUUUCUUUAUCAACCACUGGUGAUCGAGCAUUUCUAGCAUCUUCGCGAGAUGGGGCAUGUUUUUGUUGGAGUGCGAAACUGUUGAGGCAUGGAGGAAGCGAAGAAGUGACCAGCUGGGAGUUGAUCGGACCCGAUUACGACCCAGUUUACAGUAUUUGUCGCUCGGCCAACACAGUGCACUCUGCUUGUCGCGACAAAACAAUUAGAAAAUAUAUUCUUAAGAAGUCUGAACUUCCCACCUAAGACUGUGGGUAUAUGUACAGAUAUGUCCAUUGUAGAAAACCUUUAGCGAAAUAGCUUUAAGAGGAACUUUCAUCCAUCCAUGGUGGUACUCCAAGUGCAAACUUGUCUUCACACGAGCUAUAGCGGUAUCUUGCCGAUAAUCACUUUCGAAGUCGUCUUUGUUGCAGUGGAAUUUGUCUAAAUCAGUUUUAUGUGACCGCAGGCGCCAGAUAUGAGGUGCCCUCUCCUGUCUUAGGAUUUAUUUGUUGCCACCCAUUUUAAAUGUCUGCGUUCCAUGUGUUGUCCUUGUGACUUAGUUUCGGUCACAGAAGCUUUGAAUGAAACAUAGGCAACUUUUUGGUCAGAA